AUAUUAUAUUAAUAAUAAUAAUAUUACGCCGUAACGAAUCGAUGUUUGUAUUUGAGAAAAUGAAAUGAAAAAAAAAAAAAGUAGUAAAGAUAUUGUUUUCAGCAACGGAUGAAAAACUAAACGAUACGCCUGAUAUAUUAUUGUCAACUGUUGUGGGGUUUCUUCGAACGAAUCAUUUUUAUAUUCUUUGUUUUCUCCAAUUGAACAAUAAAAACAACGAAAAAAAACAUCAUGCCCAUCAAUUGUGAUGUAAAGAUUCCAUCAAUGGCUAAUAAUAUGAAUACGACCAUUGUGAAUACUGCGAUGAUGAAUGGUCAUCAUCAUCAACAGCAACAACAACAAAAUAAAAUAAAUUCGAAUCGAUCACGAAUGAUGAUGAGAAAUAUGAUAAUAUAUGAACAAUCACCGUCUGUUCCAUCAGCAUUAUUAUCAUCAACGAUGAAUGGCCAUAUUAGUAUUAAUAAUAAUCAUACAAAUAAUCAUCAUAACCAUCAUAAUCAUUUAUUAAAUGGACAUCAUCAUCAGACUAAUAAUUAUAAUCAACAAAAUCAUAAUUCUAGCCGUAAUAAUAGAUCAACAUCAUCUACAUCCGUACUAUCAUCAUCAUCAUCAUCGCCAUCAUCAUUAUCAUUGAUAAUGGCUAUUAAUCGUUUUAAAAAUUCGGUUAAAAAUAUGAAAGAAACGGUAUUGAUACCUACACGUUUAAAUGAUUUGGCUACAUCAACAAUCGAUAAUGGUUCUACAUCUGAUAAUCCUAUGGAUGAUCAUAAUCAUCAUCAUCGUCAAACGAAACCAAGAUUUUCAAUGGAUGAUACAUUGUUUCAAAAUGAUGAUAAAAUUGCCAAUGGAUAUUCGGAUUCAAAUCUAGAUAAUAAUUUAUCGACGGUUAAUAAUCAUAAUGAUGAUUGUUAUGAUGAUGGCGAUGGUAAUCAAAAUAAGAAUCAUCAUUCCAUAUUACAACAUAGUCAAACAUUGCCUAAUGGUGGUGGUGUUGCUGUUGGUAGAAACAACAGCAACAAUAAUGAUAAUCUGAUUCUCAUUAAACAACAGACAGCAUCGACGACACCACUUGGACAGCAACAAAAUCUUUAUGAACAAUUUAAAUUGUUAGAAUUGAUCGAUAAAAUACUAUCAUCUGACACAAUUUUGUCACAAAACCGAAAUUUUCCUUCAUCGAUACGAUCAAAUACAACAAAUUGUUGUGGUGGCUACAUUGAUCAUCAUCAUCAUCAUCAUCGACAUGGAUAUGAUAAAAAUAACAAUCCACGACGACGAUUGACUAUUGCAAGUAUCGAUGAGAAUAGUGGCAAAAUAUCAUCAAAUGAAACUGGGGGCGAUGAAUCGAUUAUCAUCAAAGAUGAAUCAACAAUAAACACAUAUAAUAAUGGUAAAUCAUCUAUAAUGGGUGGAAAACCUUCGCUUGUUCGUCAAUUAACAACAGGAAGUUAUAAUUAUAAUGGUAAUAAAUAUCGAAGUAAUAGCCCCGAUAGCAAUGCUUCAAGUAAUAAUGGCCAAUUAUUAUCUAUUCAAAUGAGAGCCAAUAAUGAUUCAGGUGGCCAAUAUGGUACACCAAUUAUAACUGAUUGUUCAUUGUUGAAAAUCAAAGAAAAAUUGGAAUAUCAUUUAAUUUGUUUAAAAAGUCUAUUGAAUAUGAUGAGCGAUGGCGCUGAAUUAAUCACUCAUACUUAUUUGGAUGAUAUACAAUCGGGUGAAGAUCGUUUUGAUCAAUCAUUACUUGGCCGUAAUAAUGGUCCGAAUGGUUCAAAUAUUGGUGCUGGUGGCGUUGGUGGUGGUGGUGGUGGUUCAUCAGUAAUUGAUGGACAAUUAGAAUCAUUGAUCACACCACGUCAUUAUUAUACAAGUAAUUGAUCAAUUGAAUCAUGGCCCAACCGAUGAUUGAUCAAGUCCUAAUUAUCAUCCUAUAUAUUUCAAAUGUCUGAUUCAUUCAAAUAAUUAAUAGAUCCUAUUUAAAUAUGAUGAUAUCUAAUUCAAUUGUAUUUUUAUUAAAUUAAAAAAAGAUGUUUGUUAAAAAUUAUGUCAAUCUUUAAAAUUUCAAUUGUCAAAAUAUUUAUAGGAGUGAGAUUUUAAUUGAAUAAAUUAUGCAAAAAGAAAA